ACAUUGAAGUUGAAGAGUUGAAGGUGACGGAAUGUGACUAAAUUAUUAAAAUCAAAAUUAAAUUUUUCAUACAUGGUAGAUGGAGAAAUAGAAAUUGUUUUAUAAAUAAGAGUUAGGUUGUACUAAAAAGUAUUUUAGUUUAGUAAUGUGUGGAGUGCUAACUAAACUAAUAGGAAGUAGAUUUUUUUAUAAUAAACUACCUUCUCUUUUAAAAGUUACAGCAUCAGUAUCAUAUCGAAGUAUUAACAUUUCCACUACAAUGUUCAAGUCCGCAGUAUUUGAUUUAAAACAUGCAGAAAAAGAACAAGUUAAGGAAUUCCUUAAUUCCUUCGACACUGUUCUUAGUGAUUGUGAUGGUGUCUUAUGGAUCGACAAUAACGCUAUUCCUGGAUCUGCAGAUACCAUGAAUUACUUUCGUAAGAUUGGUAAACGAGUAUUUUUCGUAACCAAUAAUUCUACAAAGAUUCGUAGCGACUUUGCACUUAAAGCCCAACAAUUGGGUUUUAUUGCAGAUGAGAAUGAAAUUCUGUCCACAUCUUACUUGGUUGCGCACUAUCUCAAAAGUAUUGGGUUUAAGAAGAAAGUUUACUUGAUUGGAUCAAAUGGGAUUGGAGACGAGUUGAAUGCUGUGGGCAUAAAACAUGUUGGAGUUGGACCAGACCAUGUUAAACCUGAUUUCAAGUCACUGAAACCAACUGAUUUAGAUUCAGAAGUUGGUGCUGUUGUGGUGGGAUUUGAUGAACAUGUCAGCUACCCAAAGUUCAUGAAGGCCGCCUCAUACCUAGCUUCUGAAGAUUGCUUGUUUGUGGCCACAAAUACUGAUGAACGGUUCCCCAAAUCCAGUUCAAUAGUUGUUCCUGGAUCGGGAACCUUGGUGAGAGCAGUCGAAACUUGUUCGGAGAGGAAAGCAUUGGUGCUUGGGAAACCGCAUGAAUAUAUUAGGAAAUAUCUGGAAUCCUGUGGUUUGAAUCCGGCGAGGACUUUGAUGAUUGGGGACAGAUGUAAUACAGAUAUUGAAUUUGGUGUUCGUUGUGGGUUUCAAACGCUCCUCGUGUUAACUGGUGUAACAUCAACAAGGGAUUUGGAGAAGAUUCGUAAAGAGCAAAUAGCACCAUUGCCCGAUGUUGUCCUACCAAAACUUGGAGAUUUAUUAGAAAUAGUCAAGUCCUAGUACAAAUUCAAUUAUUUAAAGAGAUUUUAGAUCAUUGUACAUUUUCAAACAGUAUAUAUACUUUAGAAUUAAAUAGAGCAAUUACCAUUGAAUU